UUUCAGGAUGAAAAGCAUCAUUCGACAACAGUUGUCUUCAGCUGUCUAACAAACUACCAAGCAAGACAAGAUGAAAUCUAUUGUGUUGGUUUCCAUGCUGGUCGCGGUGGCGUUCGCCGCUCCCCAAGGGCAGCCCGAACACGAGCCCAUCCCGAUAGUCCGUGACGACAGCCAAAUCAAUGGCGACGGAUCGUACCAAUACGCUUACGAGACCGGCAACGGCAUCAGCGCUGACCAGAAGGGUGAACUCAAGAAGGUUGGAGACGUAGAGGCUUUGGAAGUGCAGGGCGAGUUCAAGUACCCCAGCGAGAACGGAGAGCAGAUCUCCCUUACGUACACCGCUGACGAGAACGGAUUCCACCCGCAAGGCGCCCAUUUGCCCACCGCCCCCCCGGUACCUGAAGCCAUCCAGCGCUCGCUCGCCUACCUCGCCACUGCGCCUCCCGCACCCGCCGACGCACCCCAAGCCUAAUAAUUUCAUCUAGUCAAACCAUAAUACUCAUUUAGUGUUGAGUGAUCUAUAUUUUAUAAUUUUGUACCACAGAUAUACUUAAUACAGUAACUAAUUCAGAUUUAUCCUUUUAUUCUGUUGAUACCUACCGUGUUCAUGUAAAUUUGUAUUAUGUAACAACACUAAGACGCAUCCGCAAAAUUAUAUACAAUUUCAAAAGCUA